UGUGUUAUUUAAAACCAGAUAUUCCCCCGCUCUUCGUACCACUGUGUUGCAUCUGUCUGCCUCUCCGCAUGCGUGUAAGUGUGCGUGCGUGCGUGCGUGUGUGAGUGAGGGUGCACUAAAAUUCCAGGCAGCCAGUGGGAAGCGAGUAAGAGAGUGAGGAGAGAGGCGCAGGGGAAAGGCUAAAAGCAUCUGAGACGGACAAGGAACGGGAGUGUGAUUCAGCUAUGAAAUCCAUCCAGGCUUUUUGCAUGCUGCUUAUCUGCCCAGCUUUGAGUCUCAACACCAGACAAGGCUAUGAUGGGCUGGAAAAGAAGCUAAAGGAAGUCUUCACCGAAAGAAGCAGCAUCUUGCACCAACUCUCCAAGACAUCCAAGGAGCUGGACAGCAUAAAAGGCAACAUUCAGUCAUUGAAAAACGAUGACUCAGUCGCCAAGAAGGACGUGCAAAGGAUUUUGGAGCUCAGCCACAAACAGAGAGACGAGAUGAAGUCCCUCCAGGCUGCCUUGCAGAAGCAGCUGGAUGAGGCAAACGACAGAGCCGAGAAGCAGCAAGCCACAGUUAAACUGAUCAAAGCGGAGAUGGAAAAGAAAACCAAAAUCAUUAAGGAUUUACAACAAGAGAACAAGAGCUUGAAGAAUAAACUCUUGUCAGGGAACAAGCUUUGUGAUGCUCAUGCUGAAGAGUCCAAAAAAAUCCAGGCUCAACUGAAAGAACUACGGUAUGGAAAAAAGGAUUUAAUUUUUAAGGGGCAGCAGCUAAUGGACUUGGAACACAAGUUAACCAUCGCUAAGGAAGAAUUGGAGAAGACUGCACUUGACAAGGAGUCUCAGCUGAAGGCACUAAAGGACACCGUUCACAUCUGCUUCUCAGCUGUCCUGCACAACCAGCCCAGCGGCAACCACAGAUUUGCCACCACUCCUUCCCAUAUGUACAGAUACUCAUCACUCAUCAACAGCUCCAGAGUCACCUUUCAACAGCCUCAUGCCAAGGAUAUCUCUAAAGUUCAGAGAGUUGUCACAACCGGCAAAACCUCUAUGAACACUGGCGAAAUGAGGAGAGAAGGUGGUGGCGUGAAAAAGUGCCAGAUGGAGGAGACUGGAAGUGACUGCUUUCAGCAUCAAACAAAGGAAUUAGCUGCAGAAGCAAAAACGCAACCAGAACCAAAUCAGCAAAGAAGCCAAGGGCAGCCCGGGAGCUCGGAAAGCACUGGAAAGCACCCAGACGACAGCGAGAACGAAGGGCAAAGCAGCAGCAGAAAGAUAAAGCCCCAAAACUACGACUGAAUGGACAGCGUAUCAUGAAACAUACAAAUCUCUGCAUUCCUGCGACAAUAUUUCAAUGAGCACACACAUCUGACGCACAUCCACAAAAACGUGCGUCCACACGCCCACACACAGACUGACAUGCAUACACACGCACAAACACAUUCUGUAUCAGCAUUGCUUGCAAAAGCUAAGACACUGGAAAUGUCAACACAAAAUCAUGGCAUGCAUUAUACAGUUUUAUUUUGAGGGUAGCAAUGGCACUGAUAACUUGUUUCAUGAUAGUUCAUUUAAUCUUUACUUAUCUGAGUUUUAUUCUUUGUGAGGAUACAGCUUACUAAUGUGUGAUCUUUCUAGAAAAAUCCCUUUGCACUUGUUAGGUCUGGACACAGUAUAGUGUGGUAAGUAAAUGAAUUUACAGGUGCCUGUUCCACACGGUAUGAUUUUUGCAGUCUUUAUGUCUUUUUUGUUUUUUUUGUUUUCCCUCGAAUGUUCUCAAUGGGGAUGAAGCGAAGUUGAAUCUUCAAUGAUUUGAACGCAGUGUCAUUGCAUCAUUAGUAAGGCUCCACCACAGGUAGUUGUUGUGACAUUGAGCCAAAAUAUUUAAGUCACAUAGUGCUGUUUAUGUUGGAAAAAAUAAAUAAAUAAACAAAAAAAAUGAAAGUAUGACCAAAUGGAGCUCAAUGUGAGUCGCAUCAUUAAAAAUGCAAGUUUACAUACGCAGUUUGCUAAUGAUAGUGGCUGUGACAAUGGUAUUCAUGUCAUUUUAUGUGUGUUUCUGUUAUUUGUUUUUCUGUCAGCGAUCGUUGAGUCAAACCUGUGAAAUGACUUUCUCUAAAUUUGGGACACUGCUUGAUAUUUUUCGCAGCCCUUAUUUUGUUACAAGACUGCAUCUUUCAUCAGAAAAGGUCAAAAUUGUACAGUGCCUACCAGGCUUCAAUACAAAAAAGGGAAAAAAAUUCUAGUUCUAAAACUACUACCAAAUUUAGACUAUUGUUUGUCACUCAUAAGUAGCAGGUUAAUUUACUUCUCCGCAUUUUGGAAUAUUAAGGCUCAGUUGGCUGGCCAACUGUUUAACAUUUAAUCUUUCUGCACUCUUUCUGCCUUUACCACUCCUGAGGCAACGAGCCAAAGACUCACAAUGGGUCGUCUCCCUGAGAAUGUGCCAUGCACUGAGUAGUAACUCCUAGCUACAUGUAUCUGUGUUCUCUGACCUUUAUGUGUACUUUCAAUGAAGUGUAAUUUUCAGUACAUUUGUGAAGAAUAAAUGGUUAUUUGUGGGGAAAAAUAACUUGUCAGUAUGUUUAUGAUCAACUGAGCAAAAGGUUGCCAAAUGUGCAAACGUGCCCUCUGAGGUUUUAAUUAAUCUUGCACAUUAUAACAGAGGUUCACAUUAAAGCUGAUGUUUACGAUUUUCUGAAGACAUAAAUAUUCCCCUCACAGGUUCACUGUAGUUGUCAAGGGUUUUUCGAAUAUUAAAUAAACGAAAGGAGUCAUCAAGAAUGUUUCUGCUUAUUUAGAUGCAGGUGUUAGAACUGCGGUGGUCAUGACAAAAGUCUGUUUUAUAUGCAACCCCUGAAAGCCAGUGGAGUUUGGGCUUUGUAUAAAAAGUAAAUGAAGCUGAAUAUAAUUAUUUGCAAAUCUUUAUCAACCUUGAAGUCAAUCAAACACAAGAUCCUUAAUGUUCAAACAAAAAAUGUCAUCCACAAUCCAAGUUAAAACUCAUAGCAUAAAAGCAAAGACCUAUCAAAUUACACCCAGUAACGCCACCGGCUUCCCUGAGCUCAAGCUCAUCUGAGAUGGAUUGUCCCAAUUCAGAAACAUUGGCUGUGGUAAAACGAAUCCAUAUUUCAACAGUGUUGGUAAUCUUACUUUAAAAAAUAAAUAAUAGUUACAAAUUAACUUCUCUCAAAAAGUAAUUAAAUUAGUAACUCAUUCCCUCAUUGUAACGCUGUGUACAUGCAUCUCCUGAUCAAUAUCAUACGCCCUCCUCAGGUGAUCCAACCGGGGUUGAUCAGACCCCAGCUUGUGUCCAGAUGGCUAGGAACCAUGACACCAUGACUCCUCUCUUGAGCCACAUCCAUCUUGAGGCUCUCUCUGCCACAUCGGUUAUACUGUGAAUGGUUCUCCUCUUUUUCUCUCCCUCGAUGCUUAAAAUAUUGAAGGCCUUGGCUAGAGAACGGGCUGCGAAACCUCUACAUCCGACUUCAACUGGGAGACAUUUUGCUCUUCAGCUUUCUGGCAGUCACGAACUAAACCCACGUACUUGGAGAGUUUCCUCUCAGAGGCUUCAUACAAUCGAUCUUACCUUGGGGCCGUUAACUACAGCAAAACCACUUGAUUGGUGGACUCAGACAUGAGGACAAUGUCUGGCCGCAGUAUGGUGACAGCGAUGUGACUGGGGAACUUCAGUUGUCGACCGAGGUCAACCAGUAAAUGCCAGUCUCUUGCCGAAGCCAGAUUGCCAGCAGAUGUUCUUCAAGCAGGGGCUGCCUUCUCCCCAGCUUUGACAAAGAUGAUGUUUUUCCUUGAGGGUCGAGCCUGCUUUUCCCACUCAAAUCCAGUGCUGAUAAUUUUAGCAAUGGUUUUAAGGACUUGGUCGUGCGUCAAACGGUACCUUCCAUCACCAAGUGCCUUGGUGCAGGCGUAUGGGGAUAUGCUCCAGACUUCCUUGCUUAGAACACAAGGUGCAAGCUGCAAAAGUAAUUACCAUAAUUUCCCGAAUUUAAGGCGCACCCGUGUAUAACGCGCAACCCAAAUUUACUUGUAAAAUGUAGGGGAAAUUAUUGUACUGUGUAUAAUGCGCACCCUAAUUUUAGCACCAAUACAUAGAAUACAAGAAAACAGAGCUCGUCUACAGAUAAAGAAAUGUCAUUUUACUGACUGGUGAAGCACAGCACCAGCAUAGCACAUUGGUAGUUCAAAACAUUACUGUAAACUGACAAUAUGUACGGUAAUAAUAUGAUCUGACUUCUUCAAUUUACCAGAAUCCAGGAGAAAACAAAACAGAUGUGACUUUUCUUUUAAAGGCUGCUGUAUAACGUGCUCGUUUCAUCAUUAUGAAUAAAUGUUUCUUCCAUGGAUUGAUACGGUAAAAUGAAAGUGAGAACGUAAGUCGGAAAUCGGAAAGAGCGCAUCGAGGUACACCAGACUGCAACAAUAGGAACUAUUGUUAUUUGGGUUUGAGUUUCCUGAGGGACAGAUAUAGUUGACGGACACAGGAAGUCUGUGUUGUGUCACGUUUGUUAUGGUCCGAGUUGCGGAGCUGCAAUAAACGUUGACUUAAAUGAGUUCAAGAAACUAAAUUCUGUGCUUUUUGAAGAGUGAAGAAAGCAGAAUUUAACACAGACGAAAUCAUUCGACCAAUCAGAGUGAAGUAUUACCGAAACAAAAUGGUGAUGUCACGUACCGUAAUGGUCGGCAACGGAUCGCCGCAUACGUUUCUUCAACACAACAUGGCCGUGUCAAUAAAAAAAAAAAAAAACGGUCUUUUUAUAUAUAUUUAUAUUAUGCCUGUCAACAAUAACGCGUUAACGACCAUGAUUAAUCUGGAAAUAUUAACGCAUAAAAAAAAAAAAAAAACGCAAUUUACCGCUCAGACUAAGUUUGGCCACAACUGCCUCCCGUAGUCCCACACGGUGAUGUUUACAUUCUCCGCGCGGCAAUGCCGUUGUAGGUUCACUAUCUUCUUCCCCUCACUAUCCACUCGCUCUCGCUAUAUGAUUGGCCGAAGAGUCGAAAUGCUCUCCCGUGAUUGGCUGAAGAGUCGAAAUGCUCUCCCGUGAAAUGCCUGUUUAAAAAUGUUCCCGUUGUUACUUCUUGCGUUCGCUUAAAAGUGCUCAUUUAAAAAGGAAAAUCGAUGGAUGAUACUACACACAGAGCGUAUUAUUAACAAAUGCUAAAGUUGUAUAUUCAUAUAGCGAGAAUAAGGAACGUCACUGACAAGCGCAGGCCCCCGCGAGUGGAUAGUGAAGGGAAUAGGAUAGUGCGCCUACACCGGACAAAAUGCAGCCAGCCACGAUUAGUGAGGAUGAUGACCCAGGACUGCUCCAUGGCAAAUUCCGUUUUAAAAAGCUGCCUAAUGGAAAUCUGGAUUAAACAAAAGUUGUGUGCACAUACUGCUGUGAUGAACUGUCCUUCCAUCGAAGCACAACUAGCCUAAAGUACCGCCUUCGGGCAAAGCAUAUCUUCGCUAGUGUUAGCAAUGACGCUAACACCGCAAACACAAGCCGCAGUCAUCUAGCUACACUGGCAGAGUGCGGACUCGGACCUGUCAACAAAAGGACAACAAGCAGGUUGACUACUGCUAUCGCUAGAUGGGUAGCCAGAGACUGUAGACCCAUUAACUUAGUCGAAGACAAGGGCCUUAAAAAUCUCAUCCAGAUAGCAUCGGGCGACCCAACAUACAGAACACCUUCACGGGCAACUGUUGCCACAAAAAUUCAUGAACUUUUUGAAAAUGAAAAGGCAACGAAGGUGGAGCAACUAGCCAGAGUUACGUUUGUUGCACUGACAGGAGACCACUGGACAAAAAAAAAGGGUAUGACUGGCUAACUUAAGCAAUGUUUCUAAACACCUUUACACACAUUUUAGUGGAAUGUUUUUCAGUUAAGUGUGAAAAUUGACAAAUCAUAAUUUUUUUUAAAAAUCUCACACAGCUUUCAGGCCAUUUAGUGUAAAACUGCAAAUGCUGCAUUUAUUUGUGUGAAAUGUUUAAUUUAACAGACAAGUUGUUUACACAUUUUUUGAAACACUAGCUACUGUUACUGUAUUGUGCUUGUCUGCUCUUUAAGUUGGCUGUUAAUUUUGGGCAAUAUGCCAAACGGUACUUGAGCCACAUUGUUAGUCUGAAGCACUUUAAUCUGUUAAGUUUUCUGUAUAAUACUGACAAUUUAUUUUAUUUUAUACGAGCUGAGUUGUUAAAUAAAAUUUUAAAACUCUAUUUGGUUAAGUAUUAAUUCAUUCAUACGUCACACAUUUCAUCUGAAAACAAAUUUUAAGUCAGUUAUAGUAUUUUCCUAGAUUUUUUUUUUCCUGAAGAGCAACUUUAUUC